AUGCCUUCGAACGACAGAACGCCUCCCAGAGUGACCGGUCCGCAGUCGAUUCCUCUCCGAGAUCUCUCCAGACACCCCGACGGCGCAUUUCCAAUAUCUGAGGAGCCCGAGAGUUCAGGAAGCGCGAUUCGCAGUCAUCAGCAUAGACGCAGUCGCACCCGAUCAUUACUGGCAGGAGGACGGCGGACCCCCAACUAUGCGCGUUUAGAUGAAGAGUCGCCGACCAGAGGAAGAUCGGAAGAUAGACAUGUCGGGUUAUCCAUCGGAGGACGAAGCGGGAGCGACUCUCCUAUCGAAGACGCUGAAGGAUUUGCGGCAGCUACAGUGGGGUUGGAUCUUCAAUUACCAUCGACGCCUCCAAGUGUAGGAUUGCGACGGCCCACCAUUGUCACCACACCCGCCGAUGGAGAUCCCAUUGAAUCCGAGAGUCUCUUUUCACCUCCCGAUACCGAUACCACUCCAUUGACCGCAGGGCGUCGCCCCCCAUCUUCCCUGAAGUCGUCCAGCUCGAUGUCCAGAGGCCAGAGACAUGACAGACAAGGAAAAAGGUCCAGCGUCCACUGGACGGAUGGGGAAUCUCCCUCCCUUGCCCGAGGUCGAGCAUCCCACCUUGGAGAUGACUUGCCCACGCUUGACACAAACACCGGUCUGCAUCGAAAACUGAGCACCGGAAGUGGCAUCAGCCGAUUAGCAUCUACGCGGGGGGACUCGGGUGAACGAUCAAGAUCUUUGUCACCGUCACCGUCCCCGAUGGCCAGGGCAAACUCCAUGCUUCGCGAGAUAUCACAACGUGUGGUUAACUUGAGUAAUGAUUCAGACAUGGUCGAGCAAAGCAUCCGCAGGAAAUCGUCGGUACGAGAACACAGACGCCCAAGCGCCUCAGCGCCUCCAGUGCCCAAUAUUCCAGACGUGGAAGACGCAAUGCCAGCGGCGCCGCCUCUGGAAAAGAUUCCAUCUGUUGAGAUAUCGCCUGCUCCACCAUUCGUCCCCGUCUACCAUCCGAAUCCUUUGCUGGGGAAGUCCUGGGGCAUAUUUGGGCCUGAGAACAAGCUCCGGAAAUUUCUCUGUGAAGUUCUUGUCCAUCCUUUAACUGAACCUACCAUAUUGCUGUUGAUUGUGGCCCAGACGGUGUUGCUUGCCGUGAAUGCUGCAACGGACGCGGUGUAUCUUCAGACAAGGACCAGUCGAUGGGGGAGCACUGGAUUUGAUUAUGCCAUCUUCGGAUUAUUCGUGAUCUACACCCUGGAGCUGGUUGCCCGCACCAUCGUGUCGGGAUUCAUUUCCAAUCCACGACAGUUCAGCACAAUAAAUCGAUCUAUAGGAUUAAAGCAGGCCGUUCUUCAGAAAGCGCAGACCUUGUUUGCUCCCCACGAAGCGCGACGUCUUUCCAACGGGAAUGAUGACGAACCAGCUCAGCCGUCCAUUGUUCGGACAUUUACUGGCGUUCCAGACCCUGGCGGUCCGGGCCACACAAAACAGCAGCAAAGAAUCCGUCUGGCCCGUCGCGCCUUUCUCCGGCACUCUUUCAACCGACUCGACUUUGUGGCGGUCGUUUCGUACUGGAUAUCUUUUGCCAUGCAAAUGGGACGCCUGGAGAAUACCUCUCAUGUUUAUGUCUUCAAUAUGCUAAGCUGCCUUCGUAUCCUGCGGUUGCUGGGUUUGACGGCCGGAACAUCCAUCAUCCUUCGAAGUCUGAAAAAAGCCGCUCCCCUCCUCGUUCACGUGGCUUUUCUCAUCGGCUUCUUCUGGCUGAUUUUUGGCAUUGUCGGCGUCCAAAGCUUCAAAUCAAGUCUGCGUCGAACGUGCGUUUGGGUCGGAGAUGAUGGUUCUGGGCAAAAUUACACUCUCAGCAUCGCUCCGGACCGUAUUCAAUUCUGUGGAGGUUAUUUGGACGCCGUGACGGGCGAUUCCAUGCCAUGGCUCAAGAGCGACGGUCGAAACGGCACUGGCGGUGCCAAAGGCUACCUCUGCCCUCAGGGGUCACUUUGUGUUGAAGGCUUCGAUGGACCGUACAAUGGGACUGUCAGCUUUGACAACAUUUUGCAAUCCCUAGAACUGGUGUUUGUCAUAAUCAGCUCCAAUACCUUCUCCGAUCUUUUGUAUUACCUCACCGACACUGAUUAUCUUGCGGCGGCGCUUUUCUUUGCGGCCGGAAUUGUUGUUCUCAGCUUGUGGCUGGUCAACCUGUUGGUUGCCGUCAUCACCUCAUCCUUCCAGAUCAUCCGGGAAGAGAGCAAGCACAGUGCUUUCACCACCGAAAAACUGGACGAACCACUUAUCGAAGAUGAUUCGAAAUCCAAGAAGAGCAAGUUGAAGAAUCUCUUUGACAAGACCCGUGUGUUCUGGAUCCUCGUGAUCGUUUACUCCUUGGUGGUGCAGAGCCUUCGAAGCGCGAAUAUGGGUGACGGUCGACAAAGCUUCAUCAUGAAUUCCGAAACGGUGGUCACGUUCCUCCUGCUUCUGGAGAUUAUUCUCCGCUUCCUGUGUGAUUGGAGAAACUUCUUCCGCGGGAAGCGGAAUUGGUUCGAUCUCCUCCUCGCCAUAGUCACCACUGUGAUGCAGAUCCCUGUCAUUCGGAAUUCCGGACAACCAUAUGCGUGGCUCACGGCCUUUCAAAUUGCCCGUAUCUAUCGGGUGGUCCUUGCCGUGAGGGUCACCAGGGAGCUUGUGAUGGUGGUGUUUGGAAAUGUCGAGGGUUUGCUGAACUUGAUCCUAUUUGUGUUCUUGUUCACCUUCUUGGCCGCCAUUCUCGCCUCCCAGUUGUUCAGAGGAGAUUUUCCCCCGGCCGAUGCCGAGGGCGAGACCAUCCCCGUGACCUUCUUCGACAUCUGGAAUUCUUUCCUGGGGAUGUAUCAAGUUUUUUCGAGCGAAAAUUGGACAGCUCUGGUGUAUAAUGCAACCCAGUUCAACCUCAUUUGGGAUACGGCAUGGCUCGGCGCUAUGUUCUUUAUCUUGUGGUUUAUCAUUGCCAACCUGAUUGUCCUGAACAUGUUUAUUGCUGUCAUUCAAGAGAGUUUUGAUGUUUCCGAGGACGAGAAACGUCUCCAACAGGUGAAGGCGUUUCUGAAACAGAAAGAGGCCAGUGGCGGGGCAUCUGGAAACCUUUCGCUCGCGGCCGUCUUCAAGAUGGGACGAGAUUCGAUCAGACAUCGAGAUGCGCUCGAAUAUGGCUCUGCCGCGGUCGAACAGCUUCUCAAGGAGGCCGUUGUCAAAGAUUUUCUGGACGAGCAAGAGGAAGGGCUUACCAAACGCCCCACUUCGGUGCACCCGACUCAACUCAAUCCGGUCAAACCGGGUAUCCUCUCCAAAUAUUGGGGCAUGCUCACCGGUCUCAACAGCGCCAAAGAACCCAACCCUUUCUAUUCGAAUGCCUCGAUCACCAGAGCGAAUGAAGAUUUUGAUCCACGUGCCGUGGCCAAACGGGUCGUCAUGACCACGGAAAACCGUCGCCGUGCACAACGUCAAUAUUUGCAGAGACAUCCAAAUUACAACGUGUCGCUGUUCCUCUUCAAACCAAACAACCCGAUAAGAAAGCUGUGCCAGUAUGUGGUGGGCCCCGGGCGAGGAAAUGAACGUGUGGAAGGUGUCUCGCCUUACCGACCCGCCUGGUAUGCCUUCUCGGCCUUUACGUAUGCUGCCAUCGUGGCCAUGGUCAUUCUCGCGUGCAUCACCACGCCAUUGUACCAGCGGGACUACUAUCUCCAGAAUAGCUUGAGCAUUACGAAUUGGUUCAUCUGGACCGACUUGGGUUUCGCCAUCCUUUUCACGGUGGAGGCGGUGAUCAAAGUCAUUGCCGACGGGUUCUUCUUCACACCCCACGCCUAUUUUCGAAGCAUCUGGGGCUUCAUCGAUGGCGUGGUUCUCAUCACGCUCUGGAUCAACGUUAUAACAGCCAUGUAUCGAGAUGAUGGCAUCUCUCGUGCUGUUGGCGCGUUCAAGGCUUUAAGAGCUUUGCGUCUGCUGAACAUCAGCGACACGGCACGCGAGACCUUCUACUCUGUCAUCAUCGUUGGCGGUUACAAAGUGCUGGCGGCUGCGUUUGUUUCGAUGAGCUUGUUGAUCCCAUUCGCCAUCCUCGGAGUGAAUCUAUUCAACGGUCAAAUGCAGGCUUGUAACGAUGGUGAUUUCGGUUCCAGUACGUUGAGCAAUUGCGUCGGCGAGUUCAAUUCGACCCCCUUUAAUUGGCCCGUCCUGGCUCCCCGGCAGGUUGCCAAUCCGUGGUUCGACUUUGAUGAUUUUGGCAGUGCUUUAUUCAUCCUAUUUCAAAUCGUGAGUCAAGAAGGAUGGGUCGAUGUGAUGUGGUCUGGCACCAGCAUCACCGGCAGAGGCCUCCAGCCCGAACCCUUCGCUUCCCAGGGCAAUGCGGUCUAUUUCAUCAUUUUCAACCUUCUGGGGGCCGUCUUUGUCCUGACCCUGUUUAUUUCCGUGUUCAUGCGAAAUUACACGGAGCAGACCGGGGUCGCCUUUUUGACGGCGGAGCAACGUUCAUGGCUCGAACUCCGGAAGCUUCUAAAGCAGAUCUCCCCUUCGAAGCGCUCGAUCGGCGAAAAAAGCACCUCCUGGAAGAAGUGGUGCUACGACCUUUCGAUUAAGAAACGGGGCAAGUGGCACCGCUUCAUCACCUUGAUCUUGGUCAUCCAUCUGAUCCUCCUCACCGUCGAUUUUUAUCCCGAACCGAUAUGGUGGGAGAAGCUUCGGGAAUAUCUGUUUUUAGCCAUGGCAAUCAUCCUGGUCGCCAAUGUUGUGAUCCGGAUGGUCGGGCUGUCGUGGAAACGAUUCCGACGAAGUUCCUGGGAUGUAUAUUCGAUUCCCGUGGUGUCCGGGAUUUUCAUUACGACUCUGAUGGCCGUUUCGAACAUCAACAAUCAGGGCUUCAAUCAACUGCACAAGCUCUUCCUGGUUUCGGCUACAUUUCUUCUCAUCCCGCGAAACAAUCAGCUCGACCAAUUAUUCAAAACAGCUGCGGCAUCUCUUCCACUCAUUGCCAAUCUCCUGGCAACUUGGUUUGUACUAUUCUUGGUGUACGCAAUCGCGUUCACGCAAACCUUCGGCCUCACCCGGUUUGGCGAGAAUGAGAACAAUAACGUCAAUUUCCGCACAGUUCCAAAAGCCCUUGUGCUUCUGUUCAGAACCAGCAUUGGGGAAGGCUGGAACCAAAUCAUGGAAGAUUUUGCCGCCCUGGAGCCGCCUUUCUGCGUCAGAGAAGCGAGUUUCUUCGACAGCGAUUGUGGUAGUCCUGGUUGGGCGAGGGCGCUCUUUAUCUCCUGGAACAUCAUCAGCAUGUACAUUUUCGUGUCUCUGUUUGUGUCCAUGAUCUUUGAGAGUUUCUCUUACGUUUAUCAACAGAGCAACGGAAUGUCCAUUGUCAGUCGAGAUGAGAUUCGGCGCUUCAAACAUGCCUGGGCUGUCUUUGAUCCGAAUGGCACUGGAUUCAUUUCUAAGGAGCAGUUUCCUCGGCUACUUGGGGAACUAUCUGGUGUCUUCCAAAUGCGGAUCUAUGACGGUGACUUUACUGUGCGGAGUAUCAAAGAAGACUGCUCCGUUCAACCCGGGGAUCCUAUCAAACCAAGCGGACGAGUAGUGGACGGGAUGGACCUCGACAAAUUGGCCGAACGAAUCCGUCAAAUUCCAGUGGCGGAAAUCCGACAGAGACGAGAACGGAUGAAUGUGUUCUAUCAGGAGGUGAUGCUGACGGCCGAUCCCAACCGUGGCAUUCCUUUUACAGCCUGUCUAUUCCUGUUGACUCAUUACAACGUAAUUACGGAUUCAAGAAGUUUACGACUGGAAGAAUUUCUCCGACGACGAGCACGUCUUCAGAGAGUCCAGGAGACGAUUCGACGAAACACGGUGAUAGGCUUCUUCGAUACUCUUCAUUGGUCGCGAAAAUUUCAGAGAGCGAUGGACAUGCGGCGGAAUUCACGUCUGGGUGCACCUCCUUCGGUUCCUGUGCCAGAGAUCUUUAUCGAAAACCCCGACGACAACAACAUUGAAAGUACCCAGCCUCGUGAUUUCACCACAACCACGCCCACUUAUACACCCAAGAAGCCAUCCCCCAGCUUGCCGCCAAUUGACACGUCAUUCAAGGCGACAGAUACCCUGAGAAGUGCUGGGUCACUAAGCUUUGAUGAGUCGCCAGGAACAAGCCCCAUUCGAACAAGACUGGGAUCGGUGGACACGUCCUACCCGGGGCCUACCAGAUCUUCACCAACAACGCCAACAUUGAGCCACAGCCGUCAAGGCAGCACUGCUAGCGGAAUCAGUGGGCAAGGAGUCAUGGAAAGUUUCGAUGCGUCGGCAUGGGGAGAGAGUAUUCGACGGAGUUUUACGACGAGAAGACCACGGAAAGAUCGCGAGUGA